AUGUACUGGACUGAACAGCACAAUAUUAUACUGUGCAGAGAAGUAGUGUUUGAAAAUCCCUACUUAUACAAAAAGGGGUCUCCCCAGCGCAGUGAAACUUGGAAGGAAAUUGUAGAUGUUCUAAACAAAUGUGCUUCUCCGCAAUUUAAUGUUGACCACAGAGCCAUCCGGGACCACAUCAAUGUCUUGGUAAACAAGUACAAGAAAAAAAUUAGAGCUGAAGAAAGAGCGUCAGGAAUAUCCUCAGAUGAGCCAAGUGAACUAGAUGAGCUAAUACAGCAAAUUAUUGCACUUGAAGAGAGUGCUCCCACAGAUACAUGUAGUAAGGAUAAAGCUGACAAAGCUAAAGCAGAGGAUGUAAGAAUGAAAGCUAUGGAAAGGCUUUCCCAAACCAAAAAAAGGGCGUCAGAGGAAGCCGAAGAGGGUGAGGACAAACCAAAACGAACAAGAAGAAAAACUGGAGAUGCCAUGGAGUUUCUAAAGGAAAGAGCACAGCAGAGUGCAGAAAUUAGAGAAAAGGAACUUGAGCUGGAAAAGGGAAGACAGGAACAACAACUUAAAGUCCAACAACAACAGGCUGAUAUGCUGAAGCUAAUGCACCAGCAACAACUGCAAAAUCAACAGCAACAGCAGCAGUUUCAGCAACAACAGCAACAGUUCCAGCAGCAACAAAUGCUCAUGAUGCAGCAGGUCAUGGGCGUCAUGAGUAAAAUGCUUAACAAGUAG